CUAACCCCUGUACCCUAACCCCUGUACCCUAGCCUCUAACCCCUUUACCCUAGCCCCUUCACCCUAGCCCCUUUACCCUAGCCCCUUUAUCCUACCCCCUUUACCCUAGCCCCGACCCUAUCAUGGCCCACAGAUCCCAGAGUUCGGACUUCGGGGACAACCCCCUGGACCCUAACUUCCUGCCCCCCCACUACAGAGAAGAAUACCGUCUCGCCAUUGAUGCUCUGGUGGAGACAGACCUACAGGGUUACUAUGAGUUCCUUCAGAAAGCAGACGUGGUGGACUUCCUUUGUCAACCGGAGAUGGAACACAUCAAGACCACCGUCCAGACACCCAGCCAGGCCUCCAACGUACCAGAGCUGUCUUACCAUGAGGCAGACGCAGACGGCUCGUCUGACACCUACUGGCCGUUGCACUCUGACACGGCGGCCCCGGGGUUGGACCUGGGCUGGCCCCUCCAGGCACACAGCUUCAUCGGCCCCACAGAGGUCACGACCCUGGUCAACCCCAGCGACCCCGACAUGCCCAGCAUCAAGGAGCAGGCCAGGAGGCUCAUCAAGAACGCACAACAUGUGAUUGCCGUGGUGAUGGACAUGUUUACAGAUGUGGAUCUGUUUGCUGAUUUGCUGGAUGCCACGGCGCGUCACGUCCCCGUCUACAUCCUAUUGGACGAACAGAACGCCCAUCACUUCGUCUCCAUGGUGACUAACUGCAAGAUCAACCUAGACCUUGUCCAUAUGAUGCGUGUGCGGACUGUGGCGGGGAUGACGUAUUUCUGUCGGACAGGGAAGUCAUUUAAAGGACAGGUGAAAGACCGCUUCCUAUUGGCUGACUGCAGGGCCGUGCUCAGCGGAAACUACAGUUUCAUGUGGUCCUAUGAGAAGCUGCAUCGCUGCAUCGCUCAUCUCUUCCUGGGAGAACUAGUCACCACCUUUGACGAGGAGUUCCGCAUCCUGUUCGCCCAAUCACAGCCUCUCACCGUAGACCACGCCCUAGUGCCCGUCUCCUCUGACAGCAGCAGCAGCAGCAGUUACUACGGCAACCAGUUCGGCAUGAAGGGGCCCCUUCGACACCCUCUGGGUUUUCAACGACACACCCCGGAACUUACGGGCUACCCCUUCGGAGGAGGAGGAGAAACUGAGCGUUCUGCAUUCCGUAGGGAUGACCUGUUCCGACAUGCCAUAGAAUCCGGAGGAGGACUGAAUCUUGGGACGUUUGCAGCGUCGCAGCAGUUCAGGAUACAGCAGUCCUUCCUGGAGCAGGGUCGCUCCAUGGUCUCCAGGCAGAUGGAGAUAAGUGCCAGUGACUAUAAGGGCCAAAGCAACGCAGAGGGAACCCAGGAGAGCUACUCCUCGUCCAGACAAUACAUGAAGCACAGAGUCAUCAACAACCAGGAGGAGACAGAGCAGCACUACCACCACAGGGAGCAGAGCCAGUCCAGCCACUACUACCAGGGUGGUGAGGGACCUGGGUUAAUGCCGGGGCUGGGCUCAGGGCUGGGCUCAGGGCUGGGCUCAGGGCUAGGCUCAGGGCUGGGAGGCCAUGGGUCAGGCCAUGGACACUACGACAGGCUGAGGAACAGACCAGCGCUGGACCAGUACUCUGACUCAGGCUACCCUCAUGAGGAACCUCCUGGUCCAGAGGACUACGGCAGAGACUACCUCUCCUCUCAGGACCUGAAACACAACCCGGGACCACCACCGGCAGGGGGGAGGUACGGAGGUGGCAGUGACCACAAGAGGCCGACGGUGGGCCAGCCCUACGUCUGCCAGUCCUCCCCCACCCAUCCCAACCCCCCAGAGAAGCAGCUGUUCCCAGUCCCAGCAGUGGCAGACCAGGACCCCAAAGCCAGACAGGGCCUCCGCAGCUGGAGGAUCAACUCCUACCUCAGCACCUACGAAGACACAGGAGAGGAGGGGCUGCCACAACCUCUGGGCCCUGAUGCUUUCCAAGACCCAGAGUCUGAGGGGAACCCAUACGCCAGUGAGGGGUCUGUAUCCCGCUUUGAAGCGAGAGAGCCUCCGAAUGUCCCCUCCAAGCCUAGACCGGAUAUCCGACCACCACGGUACGGCAAGCCCUUCCUGCCCGAGAGCAGGACCAUAGAGCGGGAGAGAGCGAGAGAGAAAGACCGAGAGAGGGAGGUUGGGGUGGAUGUGGAGAUGCCAUCGUCGAGGGAGGCUUCGGGAGAGGUCGUGCUCUCCAAACACGAGUCGUUCCGGACACGGAUCAACCCGAUGCUCCAGAGAAGCUCCCGGCUGCGCUCCUCCCUCAUCUUCUCCUCCUCCAAGACGGAGACCCACCUGGGAGGCCUGGGCAUGAAGGUGGCCAAUGAGGAGGAUGAGGAAUCCGACAUGCUACACACCACCUCCAUCGUCCAACAGAUCCUGGAGAAGAGAUUUUCCCGGGAACCCUUCGAGUGGCGGAAGAAGGCAGAGGAGAACGAGAGAGAGAAGAAGAAGAAAGACGAAGAGAAAGAGGUUGUGUUGAAAGAGGAGGCUAUGCCCCCCAUAGUCGCCCCAGUAUCGAUAGAGCCCACCCAGCCGUUGAACAUGAAUGACCCUGCCAAUAGACUGCAGUACUUCAAGGAGCUGGCUGCUAAGAGAAACGCAUCCAAAGAGGCCGCGAUGAAAGGACCACUUCAGAAGACACCAGACCUCUCAAACACUACUUCUUCCACCACCUCCUCCUCCAUCACCACCUCUUCCCCCUCCUCCUCCUCUACCACCACCUCCUCCUUCUCCAUCACCACCUCUUCCCCCUCCUCCUCCUCCUCUACCACCACCCCCACCACCUCCUCCUCCACCACCACUUCGUCCACCACCACUUCGUCAACCACCACCACUUCCUCCACCCCCAACCCUUCCCCCACCACCAUCUCAGCCCCCAAAGUCCCCUCUUUCUCUGUGAUUGCUCCAGAGCCUGCCCCGAUGAAACCACAAGUCUCAGCCACACUAGAGCGAACACGCAAACUGUCCAUCACCUCAAGAUUCAAAACCUUUGAGCCUUCUACCACAGUCCAGAGGAAAGAGAGCAGCUCGGAGUCACAGAGGAAAGACAGCAGCUCGGAGUCACAGAGGAAAGACAGCAGCUCAGAGUCACAGAGGAAAGACAGCAGCUCAGAGUCACAGAGGAAAGACAGCAGCUCAGAGUCACAGAGGAAAGACAAGGAGCCCAGUAAGAUUCUGAAGCCUUUCUCUUCUCUGAAGCCGUUCAAGAGCUCCCACCCUCGCCGCGUCUCCUGCGAUGAGGAAACGCUAACAACAGAUGCCACGGACGCGGAGAAGAGCGAGCUGAAGAAAUCUCGCUCCCAAAGCUUGUCCAGUAUGUCUCGCGCUGAGUCCAAGGAGGGAAAGAACCUGGGCUCCAGCACCUCCCUCAACACCCUGGGAGGGGAAGGCAAGGUCGACACCAAGCCCCUGGACUUCCUGAAGAAGCAGACCCAGAAACUCAAAGGCUUCCUGGGACCCAAGGACAAGAAGAGCUCCGGGGGUGUGACAUCGGCGUCCAGCGGAGACAACAAGACGAUGAGAACUGUGGUGGAGAGCUCCGAGGAGUCUGGGGCCGCAGCUUCACGCCUAGGCUCCUCGUCUACUGCCGACGCUAAAGCCACAGACUACGUGACUUCCUCAGACAAUCACAAAAUGACAGGUCCGUCUCGAUACCAGACCUCCAGCGGCUCGGUUCUGUUCAGUAGCAACCUGAGAGAUGACACCAAGGUCAUCCUGGAACAGAUUUCUGCCAAUAGCCAGAAGAACCGUCUGGAGAGAGGAGGAGGAGGAGAGGAGGCCGGAGGGGAGAAGGAGGUAGACAUGGCAGGAGAGAAAGGAGGGUUGGAGAGGAAUCCGUUGCUUGGGAGGAACCGCUUCCUAAGGCCCCAGGGCAACCCUCAGGAGAGAGACAGCCUUCUGAAGAGGAUGGAGAGCAUGAGGAAGGAGAAGAAGGUCUACAGCCGUUUUGAGAUGGGGAAUAACCUGGGAUAACUAAAGAUGGCUGAGGAAGCUAUUGACUGGAAGCUUAGUGUGCGAGGAGGGCUCCCAAACACACACACCAUUCCCAGUUCACCAACAGAUGUGGCAAACGCAUCAUCAGAACCCCCGAAAGAGAGAGAGAACACAAAACACAACAACAGUAGAUAGCUUUGUCAUCAGACUGCAGUCUUCCUGGAUACAGUCAGACACAGUUCUAAAUCUUUUAAAAAACGGACUACAAAAAACACAAGUUGAAACUGUACCCAUAUGUGUGCCAAAGCUGGUCUUCUCUGGUUGGUUAUGUUGCCUUAUAUGGAUUCUAUGGGACAACUCUUCACUAAUUCACUGCAACCCUUCAUCAAACACCUGGAGUGAGAGAGAGAGAGAGUGUGUUCAUGUUUUACUGCAGGAAAGCAACUGAAAACAUGCCCAGCCAUAAACCAUGCCUGUACAGACCUGCAAACUCCCAGUGUGUGUGUGUGUGUGUAAACUGGUAAUGCUGAAAGUAUGUCUGUGGGUUUACACAGCGCCACGUCACUCACCAAACUCAGCACUAUUAUUAACCCGUCUCUGAAGUAGACAGAGGAGAGAGAGGGAGAGAGAGAGAGAGAGAGAGAGAGAGGGAGAGAGAGAGAGAGAAGGAGAUAGAGAGAGAGAGAAGGAGAGAGAGAGAAGGAGAGAGAGGGAGGGAGAG